AUUCCUCUUCAUUUUAGCAGCAGCAGCAGCAGCAGCUCGCCUAAGCUACGAGAAAGUAGAGAAAAAGAAGAGAUGGUUUCAGGGUCAGGGAUCUGCGCCAAAAGGGUGGUGGUGGAUGCGAGGCAUCACAUGCUGGGAAGGCUGGCUUCCAUAUUGGCUAAGGAGUUGUUGAAUGGGCAAAAAGUAGUGGUGGUGAGAUGUGAGGAGAUAUGCAUGUCGGGUGGAUUGGUAAGGCAGAAAAUGAAGUACAUGAGGUUUUUGAGGAAGCGUAUGAACACUAAGCCUUCUCAUGGUCCCAUCCACUUUCGUGCUCCUGCUAAGAUCCUCUGGCGUACCAUUCGUGGGAUGAUUCCUCACAAGACUAAGCGCGGAGCAGCAGCUCUUGCUCGUUUGAAGGCUUAUGAGGGGAUUCCGGCUCCCUAUGAUAAGAUAAAGAGGAUGGUUAUUCCUGAUGCUCUCAAGGUUUUGAGGCUUCAGAAAGGACACAAGUAUUGCUUGUUAGGCAAGCUCUCAUCUGAGGUUGGAUGGAACCACUAUGACACUAUUAAGGAGCUUGAGAGGAAGAGGAAGGAGAGAGCACAAGUGGCAUAUGAAAGAAGGAAGCAACUCACUAAGCUUAGGGUUAAAGCUGAGAAGGUUGCUGAGGAGAAGCUUGGUGCCCAGCUGGAAGUUAUUGCUCCUAUCAAAUAUUGAGUAAUAGACCAUUGAAAACAUUCUGGUUUAAGUGUAAUGCAUUUUGAUAUUGUCGUUUUGAGUGGCUCAUAAUUUUAUUGUCCAAGUCUUUUUCUAUUAGAUGUUAUGCUAUAUACGCUUGUUUGGUACUUGGUUUUUUUCUCUCGCAAUAUUUGCCUCUGAAACAUUUCCUUUUAUUAUUCUGCAAACACACUUUUCUGGUUUGUCAUUGUGUCAUUGUGUUAUUGCUUUUCCUCAUUGGCAUCAGAUUGCGACUGUGUUUGAUUUUCUGUUAUGUUGAACUGGAGAUCAGCCUUCUGUUCUUCGAUGAUAAUGCCUUUUAUGUUGUGGUUUUCGCGAGUGUAGUGUAUCUUAUACGCAAGGAUUUUUAUUAUGUGCUAUGUAGUUUUGUUCUCAAGUGAGUGAUCAAAUGAAGCAGAAACAUAAUUUCCUUUGAA